UUCUCUAUUCAGCUGUUUCAUUUCAUAGGCUUAUAUCCGACCACACUACCAUCAGAAUGCGGUCAGCUACCAUCUUGCUUCUUCUUGUGCACGGAACUCUAGCAUGCUUUCCCACUUCGCAACGAUCCUACCAGUAUGGAGCGCCAACACAGCAAUUUGCAGCGUGCACACCACAAUGCUGCGGUUGUUCUCAGGCUCAACCUGGUCCUCAGCCAGCUGCUGCAGCGGCGGCUCGUGUAGCUGCCGCCGGAAAAACGCCAACAGAACCAAUUAGUGUGCAGGGAUCAUCAAUUGAAGGACUUCUCGGACAGAAGGUUUCGCUCACCGAAUUCACGGCUGACGGAUACAAUGCCGAAGGUGGUGGCCCGGUUCGAUCAGGAAACGCUCUGACAUGCAACUUUGACGGACGACCGUGCUGUUGGGCUAAUGUCCCACCGCCAGAUGAUCAACUCGACUGGCAAAUUGCCAGCGGUGUGCCAGUUCAGCUUCAGAAUCGUGGAGUACCACAACCAGAAGGCAGUUAUCUUAUCGCAUAUGCUAAAUCUGCUGCUCCAUCUGAUGAAGCUCAGUUCGCUUCCUGCUCAAUCGGCUGUGCAUCGAGCGAUAUUGUGGUCCGUGCCAAGCACUGGCAAUCCGAAAGCGUCUUGUUGCAAGUGUGUCUCCGUGAAUCAUUCCCGUCAAAUGCUGAACGCAAUCCACUAAUCAACUGCCAAGAAUUCCCUUACGUCGAUGGAAUGGGCACUACGGAGGUCAUUCUUCCAAAGACAUCUCUUGUUGAUAUCGUUUUUGUCGCAUCCAACUUUAUUGGUGAUCAGGGAGACGUUGCAAUCCUUGACGAUAUUGAGGUCUCGUACGACAGAAAUGGAAGCGAGUGCCAGAACGAGUUCGAAGAAGGAGCAGAGGAAGAAGAUAACCAGGAUAAUGAAAAUGCUAUCCGCGCUGAAGAAAUCGAAGCAGCCGCCAAGAACAAGAGAAGAGAACUGUUCGAAAAGACUCAACCAGAAGGAAAAAUUGUGUCAGCAACUGAAAGAUUUGGAGCCAAUGGAUUCCGAGGAGGAGAGAAGGCGUUCAGAGGAGGAGCUGAGACUGGAGCUGGAGCUGGAGCAGGGUCCAAGUUUGGAGGGUCUUUCGAAGGAGCCGAGAAUGGAAAUGCUGCUGUUGGUACUUCUCAUACCGAAGAGACAGUCUUCGCUAGUGUGAAAACCGCAAAACUACCAUCUGGACAUGUCGUGGCCAAGGGAGCCAAGACUGCUGAGUUCUCUGAAGUUGUGUGUAAUGCUACCAAAUGCGACUUUGAGAAUGAAAACACAUGCGGCUACAAAGAUGCUCACACCACUCAAUCGAUUCGUGGUCUUACCACGAAGUUCAACGUGGUGACGGGGCAAUUCAUGAACAGAGUCACCGGAAUCAAGGAGAGUACCGAAGGAGAGUACUAUGCCGCCACAUUCCUCUUCCCAAGAGAGAUGGCCGGACUUGAAGCAUCGGUGGCUCCGUUCACUGAGCAAUCGAGAAUCCGAUUCCAUUAUUACGAGGGAACUCACGGAGUUCAGCUCAAGGGAUGUUGCACCAAUAUUGAGAACUGUCCGUUCAGCUCUGACAAGUUUGUGACGGUGGCCGACCGUGCUUGGAAGACGGCUUCUUUCAAGUGUCCAAAGGGAACUGAUAAGGUUAUUUUCAUCUGUGAAAACACAAGAACCAACCAAGGAGCCUGUGCCGUCGACGGAAUCGGACUCGUGGAAAACGAGGGACCACUGAAGACCGCUAAACCACUUUGCUAAGCUCCUUUUAAUUUUUUUCAAUUAAUUAUUAAUUUCAUUAUUAUCACUUGAUAUCAGAAUUUUCUUUCCAAUCCACCGGGAACCAACCAUGCCAUAUCAAUUUCUCAUCCACUCUCUUCUUCAAUUGCAAUUCCCCACCCCCCUGUCUCGAGUCUCAUACUUAAUAUUUAUAGAAAGAUCAGAAACUAAUAUAUUUCGAAAUAACGACUAUGCAAAAUUACUAAUAAUAUGGCCUCAAUGCAUAUUUUGCUAGAACACUUUUGUUGCUCACUUCCUUUGUUUUAUGAAUAAUGAAUGAACGUUGUUUACUACUA